AUGCGCACGCGGGCUGGUGUGGUGCAUGUGGCACGAGCUGCGGCAGCUGUAGCGGUGGCGGGCGAGCCGGCCCUGACGGCGCGUGACGGCGCAGCUCUGUUGUCAGGCACGCUGCGCACGUACCAGCGCGCCGGCUGCGACGACCGGCCGCUCGCGCUCUGGUGCCCGCGCGGCACCAGCAUCUCGGUCCAGCUGGCGCAGUUCACCCGCUCGCCGCCCCCGCACGCCCACUGCGCUUCCGCCCCCGCCUCCCACUACGCCGCGCAGAGCAACGACUCCUGCCUCUGGCCGAAGGCCCUGCAGUACUCUCUGUUGCAGACGGUGGUGGAGGCGUGCCAGAAGAAGCGACAGUGCAAGUUCCAGCCAAGCGGGCGGCCCUACGGCACAGAUCCCUGCCCCGGGACGCCCAAGUACGUCCACGUCGAUUACAAGUGCCGGCCCUAUGAGUUUCGCAGCAAAGUCGCAUGUCAAAGUGAAACAGUGCACCUGCAGUGCAAUCCAAAUGCUCGAAUUGCUGUCUACUCAGCAAGCUUUGGACGCACUGAAUAUGAAAGUAUACAGUGUCCCCAGCCACAGGGUGUCCCUGAGGAAACAUGCCUGGUGAGCUAUGCCACAGAAAUUGUCAUGAGAAUGUGUCAUGGAAAACGUCGUUGCACACUUCCUGCUGAUUCUGAAACAUUUGGUAAACCCUGCAGAAGUGACUCACGGAUGUAUCUCAAAGUUGUUUAUACAUGUGUUCCCCGGAAAGUUCUGAUGGAAGCCAUUGAGGAAGCAGCUCAGGCAGAUGAAGUAGCAGAUGAUCAUGAAGAUGACCUAGAUGCCUAUGACACUGCAGACGAAACAGGUGCCUUUUCUCCAUCUCCGAAUGUCCAAGGAGCAGGUCCUGGGCUCAACGACAGGGGAACAGGAGGUGCAGCACCUGCUAGAGACCCUACAACUCUCUCACCUCAUGCUCCAGUACAUGAUGGAAACAUCAAUCAUUCUGACAUACAAAAGUAUGGUCCAUAUGUAAAACCCCACAUUACAAGCAAAAAGUUCUCCCAUUCUCCCUCUGCCCCUGUGGACCCUAUCACCACCAAAGAUAUGCAAGGUGAUGAUGUCUCGGAUGAGAAAGUCCUUGAAAAUACCAACUGCAACAUCACAGUAAAUCUUGAGGACAAAACGAAUGUGAUUGGCUUCAUUUCUGAAUGGAUUAACGCAUACAAUUUCAUCUCACGAAACCAGGAGAAGUUCUACCUGUAUCUUAUCCUAAGUGUAACAGCGGGGCUCGUCCUCUUCCUGGGACUGGUAAUAGGACGGCUUCUGCUACAACGUCGUAGAAGCCAGCGCAAUCCAAAGCCUUCGGCGCCACCAACAGAACAGACAUUACCAAAUGGUUUUACAGAUGACCUGAGUGAAGCAGAAAUGGAGACAGCAGUUUCUGGAUCAGACACAGUCCUCGGACUAGUUCCUACCAAAGCUCCAAAUGUGCCAGGUCGAACACCACCUACAAGUGUAUCAGAAGUUGUGCGGUUCGGAGGCAGCAGUGGAAUUCCACGGAGCCUGAACCGUGCCACAAACAGCCAGUAUUACUAUGGCUGACGUGGGCUGGGUGUCCGGGCCCCUGAUGGUCCGGAUGCUCAAGCACAAGGAAGGAUUUGUCCUGGAACUCGCACCUACUGUUUUUAGAACAGUUUGUGCAUGUGUAUUCCAGCAGCAUCUGGCACCAUUUGUGUGCAUUUAAGCAGAGAAAAGGUCAAAAGAACAUUACUCUUGCUAUGUUUACAAGUCCGCCUAUCCUUACAAUGACAAGUGAUUAAUCCCUGAGACAAUAUAUGUAUAUGUAUAAAUACAGUGACUUUAUCAAUUUGUCCAAAUCUAUAAUGUCAUCUCUGGGAUUUAAAUAAAUUAAAUGAUUGAGACAAAACUUUGUUAUGUGCCUGUUGCAGCUGUGAAAUAGUCUUUAGAAGAAUGGAAGAUUCAUUAUGACUGUUACAGUGUGUGAACACAAGAUAUUCACCUAGUACCUGCUUUUCAAGCAAAGCGGUUCAAGAAGGUUUCAUUAGAUUGCUGUAUCCAGAAGAUGCAGUUCAUAUACAAUCAAUGGACACUCCACACUGACUGUGAAUAACUACUGUAAAGUCUAUUUUCUUAAGAUAUAAUAAUCUGCAUGGAGAAAUUAAUGUACUUAUACAUUUGACUGAAUUGACCAUCAGUGGUUAUGUCUAAGGAAGUUAAGCAUCAGUGUGUCUCUAAGUACAAUGCAGAAACAGAGAGAUUUUUCAAAAGUUUUGUAUAAUACAAGGAGCAUUCCAUAACAGAAAUGUGUGUUACAUAAAUUUCUUAAAGACUUAUUCACUUUUGUGUUGAACUACCCAUAUUGGAGCAUUAAUUUGUGGAGUGUGUCUAAUUUUUCAAUUUUAAACAUUAUUGUGAUUUCUAUCAACUUAAUUUUUGUUGCAAGUGUAAUUAGCAGAUUUGUUGGUGAGAAAGUUACUAUUAACAUAUUUUUAAUUCCAUGGUUAUUAAUUUGUCUGAAUCUAUCUAAGAAACACUUUUACUGCAUAUCAUAAGAGUCUAGUUUUUGCUAAAUUCUUAAUAUCUGACUACAUGAAAUCAACAUACAUGAUCACAGAUGAUGUCAUUACCCAGUGAUUUUAAAGUCCACUGAAAUAUGUUCCCUGAGAGUCCAAAAUAUUAAGCCCAAUCAACUGUUCAAGCUGUCAUAUGAACCCCUUUUUGAUUUAUAAAAUCUAAAUCAUGGACAUAAUGCACUGAAAACACAUUGCAGGAAGGUUUGUUCAGUAUAUGCAGUGAGCUUUUGAGAUGGAGCUUGAUUUAUUUGUUAAGGAAUCACUCUCAUGUUUGCAUAUUUCAAUAAAUGAGGAAAUGUCUACUUCAGACUAGUCAGUGCCUUGGCCCUAUAUCCUUUCAUACAACGGGCCAUAAUGUAAGCAGUUUUGCAUCAAUUGUUUGCCACACAUCUAUGCAGUCAACAUAUAAUGCAGUGUUAGAUUUCUACUGCAUUAUGCAUUGUAAUACAAAGAUGCAAAUAAGAUGGAGUCAGAGUUAACAAUUUUAUCAAUAAUUAAUUAAAUUAAAGGAAUCUACACCCCUUUAGUUUUCCAAAGGCAUAACCCAAGAACACAAAGCAUGUUGUUGAUGUUAAUAAAUUCCUACAAUUAAUUGGUCUGGUAUAUGUACAUGGCAAGAGUCACAUUAUUAAAAGCAAUACAUCCUGUGUACAUUUUACUAGGGUAGUUAUUCUUUUUAGUACGAAAUCAAAAAGAUCGCCAUAGAUAGCAGAAUUUCUUUUAAUAGUCAAGUUCUCUUCAUUAUCAGAACAUUUCAGCACAUUAUUAUUACUGUUAUUGUAACAACAUUGAUUAAUAAAUUCGGGUAUUUAUAUUA